AUGUGGUCCAGAAUUUAUUUGAUAGUGGCCUGCGUGGUUCACGUGUGGUCUGAGUUGAGAGUGGACCCUUUAGUGCAGACGAAGUCGGGUUUGAUACGAGGUUUGAAAGCUGAUGAUGGAAAUUACUCCAUGUUUUUGGGAGUACCGUACGCUAGAAUCAAUGAAACUGAUCCUUUCGGGCCGGCUGCAUCAGACUUAAUAUUCGAUGGCAUCUUUGAGGCAAACAACGACAGCGCGAUUUGUCCACAAGUCGACGACAAUACCAAGCAAGCUAAAGGAACCCUCGACUGUCUUCGAAUGAAUAUCUUCGAGAAGUUCUUCGAUAAAGCUAUACUACAGAGCGGUUCAAAUCUUAAACCUGGUGGUCUAAUGGAAGUAGACAUAACACCAGCAUUGAAAGUCGCGGGAAAACUCGGUUUAGAAACGCAAGACGUGACAAAAGCCAUGAAUUUCAUUAAACAGAUCGAUCCACAUACGAUCGUGAAAACUGCUAUCGAUCUUGGCAUAAAGCUGCGAGGUUGCGUUGAAAGAGAUAUUAAUGGUGUCGAACCAAUAAUAACUGAACAUUUUUUGAAUAUUGAUAUGCCCAAGUUGAAAAACACACCGAUCCUCGCUGGUUUUAAUACGAGGGAAGGUUUAGGCAUGAACAAGAAUAAGGAAGACGUCCAUUACAUGGAACCUUACUACUUUGAGGAUAAUUUGAAGUUAGCAUUCCACGAAGAUGAAGAAUUUGAUGAAAUGUGUGAUAUAGUUCGCAAUUUCUACAUUGGUGAUGAAGAUCUUAAUGAAGAUGUUAGGAACAAUAUCAUAGAUUUCGAAGGUGAUUACUAUUAUGGAUAUCCAGUGCAGGAAAGUUUGAAGAUUUACGUCGAGCGUGGUGCUCUACGUGUGUACCAAUAUCUUUUCUCUUACGAUGGUGAUAGAAACUUGAUUAAGAAGACGAAUAAUAUAACAAACUAUGGAGCGUCUCAUGCUGAUGAAUUGAGCUAUCUGUUCGAUCACACGUUAAUAAAAGAAAAGCCGUCAGAUGAUGACCAGUUAAUCAUAGAUCGGAUGACAAAAUUAUGGACCAAUUUCGCUAAAUACGGAGAUCCUACACCCGAGGUUACUGAGCUGCUGCCAAUAAAAUGGACACCAAUAUCCGCUGAUAAAUACAUCUAUCUGGAUAUCGACAAAGAGUUCGCUAUCAAAAGCCGUCCUUUCAAACAGCGACUCACAUUCUGGGAGCUAUUCUACAAAGCAAAUAUGAAAAAAAUACGAGGAUACAAAGCAAAAUAA